AUGGCAACAGAAGAAACCGUCGACCUUAGCCCAGCGCACGCGCCCCAACCAGCAUCUGUCGAUGCCUUCAAAUCGGUCCUGGACACCGUAAAACAAGAGCUUAUCAAGCUGCGGCGCGACCAUGACAAGCAUGAGCCAGAGUACUUUCGCGCUGUCAAACACCUCUCCGAUGCCGACCUAGUAUCCUUCACUGCCGAAGACCUCGAGUCGGUUCGCGCAGCCGUCACAGCGUACGGCCUGCAUCUCUUCGGCCAGGUGAAGCUGCCUGCUUUGGACAACGGGUACAUCCACAUCCGCAUAUUUGGAGCUGCUAAGGACGGUACGGAUGGGAGUAGUUUGGACGAGAGGGAGUAUAGUUUGCAUAGCAUACAUACCGAGGAAGUUAUCAAGGAAGAUGGAGAUAGGGUAUAUAGAGCGAUAUUUGGCAAGGACGACGCGUUGGAGUGGUUCGAGACUUAGACCCACACGUCUGAUGCGUGUGAGUCUCCUUGAUAGCAAGACUCGGAAGUGCUGCUUUGCGUAGGAUCCAUUAGUCUUUCCUCUGUUUUGGGUCUCUUACAAAUCCAACAUGCGUAUGCUCAAUCCCAGCCCCAACUCUUUCCAU